UCAUCUUCGAGGUCACGUUAUCGCGUCUCUUCUUUCGGCUUGACCGCUCGUGGACGCUGCCACCGGGAACCGACUGACCGUACAACCUGGCAUGGACCUUCCCUCCACUCCUGUCGUUCACCGUCGGACGUAUAGAUCUUCUCAGACCUCUGUUUCCCACACCUUUUCUCGCCCCGGCCUUCUCCGUUACAAAGCAAACCAUUCCUUGGGAAAUGAGAACAGCAAGAACGACUCCGACGGCAGCAAGUCUCCAUUCCCUUUGAGACGCCUUCCAAACCUCAAAGAAUCAACUAAUAAUACCCUCCUCUCACCUGCACUCACCGAUGAAAGAUAUAUGCGCUCAUCAAUUAGCUCUCCGCAGUCCCUGUCCAAGUCACUCCCUAGGCCUGUCCCCCAUCAAGACUCUACAUACCCAAUUUCUUCUCAUCCUCAUUUUAUCCUGUGGAGCCCCGUGUAUCCGCUCCACCUCCAAAUCCUUGGAACGCAUCGCCGAAACUGAUUUGGACGAAGAACCGAUACAACAGCCUCCGACGAGCAGCUCCCCUCGCUUCUCCGACGCCCUCUUACCCUCGUCAUCUCCACCGACGUCCAUCCCCGACUGCAGCAGCUCCGAUGACAUAGUCCGGCCCAUCGCCAACGCACCUCCGGUCAUGACAGGCGUGAGCGAAGUGCUCGAAUCGGCCGAGUUUCUGUCGCGAUUGGACGACCUCCUGGAUGUCGCUAUCCGCGAACGCAAGAUGGCUGUUGAGGUGGAGAAGGAGAUAUCUCAGCGACUCUGGAUUCUGCAAGCAGCGUCGCGACAACACCGGAGUAUCCGCGCGGAACUGUCCCCAGUAACAUCAAGCGUGGCGUCCUCGCUCGGCGGAUGUAUUCUUGGUCUUCUGCGACGACAGGCUCUUUUGUUCCUCUUCUGCUAAGGGACGCAUUUCCCAGUCUGAAUCUCUCUCUUCUGGUGCCUCCUCUGCAGGAUAUGCUGCCGAUAUGGACGAUGAAUGUAUGCUUAGCUCUGAAUCUUCAAGCUCUCCUCCAGCCUUCAAGAGAUCUUUUUCUUCCCUCGAUGACUCCACCCCCAUGCUCGCAAGCUCCGCAAAACUGAUUCUCAAACCUCGUGUUCUUCAAUGCGAAGCGACUCUGAUUCUAGCACAAUGUCCCUCUGCCCCAUCCGUGCCAGUCUGCGCAAGUCUCUCUCCUUGCGGACCUCCUCCGCGACACAUGAUCGAGCUGCCGCACGCCCGACCGAACCCAACUCGCCGCCGACGAAACGCCCGACGCUGGAUUUCCGCCGAGCGUUCCCAGCUGGCGUUCCCGUCAUCGCCCCGCCGGUGGGCUACGUGGCCGGGUUUCCGACGGCGGAAACGGCUGCCAAAGCCCGCAUCGCUAGUUUAGUGCUUCGCGAGCAGGGGCUUCGAGAGAGGGAGCUGCUGGAUUGUGCUGGUGCGAUGAAGAAGACAAAUUGGGAACAGCUGCUUGGUGUGGGAUGUGAGAAGCGCCGGGAUGUGGUGGAGUGGCUGCUUGAGGUGAUCCCACCCAAGUCGAUGUACUCGCGGGCCUUCCAGACCGCCUCUGGUGUCGAGCUCAAGCCUCUCAAGGACGAGAAAGACGGCGACGGCGAAACGAGCGGCGACAUACCCGAUCUCAUCGACCAGUUGACGCACUCUCCCGAGACGCGGUUCCACGCCGCGCACAUGUUCCUGCGCUAUUUCCAUCUCGUGAUGCACGACCGCGCGCAGCGUGUCGAUCUGGAAGCGAUGAAGGCGUCCUUCGAGGCGUCGGAGGAGGGGCUGUCCUGGGAUCCGUCCAUCCCGCCCGACGGAUGGAACUUGGUCGUGUGGGAUAUAUGCGUGGGAUGUUUGGCGAUCAGCGUCAAGAUACAUCGAGAUGUGCUGGAGCCGCUGGGGCCGGUGAUGUCUUACGAGUACGAACGAAUCGCGCCGCAUGAGAUGGGGUAUGACGACCUUGAAACCGCGCACCGAGACAUUUUAUCGGCAUUCGAUUACUCUCUCGGCGACACCCCGCAGGCGAUUCUGGACGAAGUUUGGCGCGCACUGCCGUCUCUGAGAGCGCUUCUCCCGCCGAAAGCGGGGUGGGAAUACGCGCAGAAAGGGACUUGGGCCCGGCUAUUUUCGCUCAUCUUAGAACCUGAUGUCCUCAAAUAUCCUGUAUCCCUGCUCACCGUGGCGGUGCUCAUUGAAACAUUGAUCACCGAUGCCAUGCAUCGAGGCGAAUACCCCUCUCUGUCGUCUAAUGCGCAGCGUCUGGGACUGGCUGGUGAUGAGCCUCGGAGAGAUGAGAUCGUGGGGUCGUGGGAGAUGGAGCAAGGGCUGGAGGGUGUGAUUCAGGAUCUGCAGGCUGUGGUGCAGGUUUCGGAUGAACGAUUGCUGGACUGCCGGAGAUGGAUUCGGGUGGCGUUGAAGAGUGACGAUAGCUGAAGAUCUCAUACAUGCUCUCGAACCGUUUCUGCGUGUUUAUUUCGGUAUGCUCAAUCACAUGAUACUUCUUAGAUACUAGGACGCUACAGUCCUUCUAUGAGUCGUUAAGGUCAGCAUGUGCCCAGUCAGAGUCGGACAUGGCUUACGACAAUCGUCCACACACUGCGUCUUGGGCUGGCACUCGAAGGCGUCGGGACUCCGUGCACAGCACGCGCGGCAGAAAACCAAGAACUGGAGGUAGAUGUAUACACGCGUCAGAAAAUAGCGAGAUACACAGUAGCCUCUCGAGGAAGAGCAGCUGGACUGACACUCUCGUCACCUGAGGCUAUGCAGGUCUCUUGUCCACGCACACCUGAAGUGCAUCUUGGUGGUGGCACCGAGUGGGUCGCCGCGCAUCUUUUUAUGGGAUUUAGGCAGGGCGGAUGUGAGAUAAGGCGAUGACAGGACACACGACUUGGUAGCAUGGACUGGAGACAGGGCGAUCUGUUCGUGGCAUGUCAUCU